GUUAUUGCAUUGUUAAUAACAACGAUCGAAACAAAAUUGAAUAAAUCAGCAUAAUUAAUUAUUUCGAUGACUUGUGAGCGUGUGCAUAUUAUGACUAAUUGUUUGUGAUAAUUAUAUACUGUGAAAAAUGGCUGUUUUAACUCGAUACUGGGUAUCGGAUUUUUUACUCCUGCUGUCAGGAUUUAUAGUUCUGUCUUAUUUGUACAUGACCCGGAAAUUUAAAUACUGGAAAAAACGAGGGGUUACUGAAGUAACACCCACGCCAUUUGUUGGUAACUUUGGUGACUGUUUAAUGACGAAAAAAUCAUCAGGCCAAUGGCUGAAGGACAUGUACAGAGGGAGUUCCGGUUUACCUUACAUGGGAUUUUAUAUUUUUGACAAGCCUUGUUUGUUAAUACGCGAUCCGGAGCUUGUAAAAGCAGUGCUUGUAAGAGACUUCAAUACUUUUCCUGAUAGAUUUGUGUCUGCGAGCCCGCACGAUCGGAUCGGCGACGCAAAUUUAUUUCUGAUUAAAAAUCCCGCUUGGAAAAUAGUCCGCACAAAACUCACGCCAAUUUAUACUUCGGGUAAAUUGAAGAGGAUGUUUGAGUUGAUGGUCGAUGUCGGCGAGGAUCUCAUGGCGCACAUGGAGUCACUUAAAUUGGCAGGUCCAGGACAAGCAAUUGAAGUAAAAGACUUGAGUGCUAAAUUUACUACCGACAUGAUUGCGACUACGGCUUUUGGUGUACGAGCGAAUUGUCUCAAUGAUCCUAAUGCUGCAUUUCGUGAAGCGGGUCGUAGAGUAUUUUCUACUUCGCUCUACCGUAAUUUUGAAUUGACUUCAUUAUUUUUUGCUCCACAAUUAGCGAAACCUCUGGGACUCAAAUUUAUACCAAAUAAUGCAUCGAAAUUUUUAAGAGAUACAUUAUGGGGUGUAAUACUUGAACGUGAACGUUCUAAUUUUAAACGUGGAGACUUAAUUGAUUUGCUUGUUGAAUUGAGAAAAGCUAAUGCCGAAAGUUCUAAUCGAGAUAUUUUUGAUUUUGAUGGCGACAAUUUAGUGGCUCAGGCAGUAGUAUUUUACACAGGAGGUUUCGAAACAUCAUCAUCAGCUCUGAGCUUUACAUUGUACGAGAUAGCAAUUCAACCGGAAAUUCAAACGAAAUUAAGACAGGAAAUAUUAGAUGGACUCGAGCAGUCUGGCGGAAAAGUUACUUACGACUUGGCCAUGAACUUGCCGUAUCUGGAUAUGGUUGUAGCAGAAACUCUACGUAAAUAUCCCCCUCUACCUUUCUUAGAUCGGUUGACUAAAGAAAAUUACAAAUUACCAAACUCUGAUUUGGUAAUAGAGAAAGGUACACCGGUUUUUAUUUCCAUGACUGGUUUGCAUUAUGAUCCUGAAUACUUUCCUGAUCCGGACAAGUACGAUCCAGAACGUUUUUCAGAAGCUAAUAAAAAAUCUAGGAAACAAAGUGUUUAUAUACCUUUUGGUGAUGGUCCUCAUAUUUGUAUAGGUCUACGUAUUGGAUUACUUCAGACAAAACUUGGGCUCAUAAAAUUACUACCAAAAUAUGAAUUUUCAGCCUGUAAAGAAACUAUGAUUCCCAUGCGAUUAAGCCCAACAGCAACAAUAACAACUGCUGACGGCGGAGUUUUCCUUAAUGUUAAAAAAAUGGGUUUUAUAAUUUAUGGUGUAGUUUUAUUAUUAAGUUCAGUAUUCCUUUCAUAUUUAUAUAUGACACGGAAAUUUAAAUACUGGAAAAAACGAGGAGUUGCUGAAAAACCACCGAUUCCAUUUAUUGGUAAUUUUAUCGAUUGUUUGAUGAUGAAGCGAUCGGGUGGUCAGUGGGUUCAAGAUAUGUACGAAUGGAGUGCGGGACUACCGUACAUGGGAUUUUAUGUUUUCGACAGACCGUUUUUUUUAGUUCGUGAUCCAGAGCUUAUUAAAAAUAUUCUUGUUAAGGAUUUCAAUGUUUUUAAUGACAGAUUUGCUAGGGCAAGUCCGCACGAUCGGAUUGGCGACGCUAAUUUAUUUUUGAUUAAAAAUCCACAAUGGAAAAUAGUGAGGACAAAACUCACCCCAAUUUAUACAUCGGGAAGAGUGAAAAAAAUGUUUGAUCUUAUGGAUGAUGUCGGUGAUGAUCUGAUGGCACUUAUGAAAACUUAUAAAACUGGAGGAAAAGGCGAAGUAAUGGAAGUUAAAGAAUUGGCGGCAAGAUUUACCACAGAUAUGAUCGCUACAACUGCUUUUGGAAUCCGAGCUAAUUGUUUGAAUCAUCCAGAUGCUGAAUUCCGUGUCCAAGGAAGAAAAAUAUUUGCUCAAAAAAUGUACCGUAAUUUCGAAUUUAUGUCAAUAUUUUUCGCGCCACAAAUAGUGGGACCACUAGGCCUUAAAAUUUUACCAAACGAAACUGCUAAUUUUUUACGAAGUACAUUAUGGAAUGUGAUAAAUGAGCGAGAAAAAUCGGGAGCUAAGAGAGGUGAUUUAAUAGACAUAUUGAUCGAGUUGCGAAACAACAAGACUGAAAUAUUUAGUGAUGAGUUUGAUUUUGAUGGUGAUAAUUUGCUGGCUCAAGCUGUGGUAUUUUUCAACGCCGGUUUCGAAACUUCUUCAUCUGCUUUGAGCUUUACACUUUACGAAAUCGCAAUCCAACCGGAAAUUCAGAAUAGACUGCGAGCAGAAAUUUUAAAAGCACUUGAGCAAACAGGAGGAAAAGUCACUUAUGACCUGGCUAUGAAUUUGCCAUACAUGGAUAUGGUCGUUGCUGAAACUUUAAGAAAAUAUCCUCCAUUACCAGUCUUAGAUCGCGUUGCUAAUGAAAACUACAAAAUUCCAAAUUCAAAUCUUGUGUUAGAAAAAGGAACACCUGUAAUGAUUCCAGUUAGUGGUCUCCAUUAUGACCCUGAAUACUUUCCGGAUCCAGAAAAAUAUGAUCCUGAACGUUUUUCAGAAGCUAACAAAAAAACACGGAAACCGUGUGUUUAUUUACCUUUUGGAGAAGGUCCACAUAUUUGCAUCGGCAUGCGUAUUGGAUUGCUUCAGACAAAACUUGGGCUUUUGAAAUUGUUGCCCAAAUAUGAAUUCACUCCAUGCAAAGAAACUUUAAUCCCCAUGCGAUUUAGUACUAAGUCCUUAGUAGUUGCUCCAGAUGGAGGUAUAUUUUUAAAUGUGAGAGAAAUUUAAAUCACUCAAGUACCCAGUCAUGUACUCUAGUUUAUAUUUAUAAUAAAAAAAUAAAUUUAAUUUAUUUAUAUUUUCAAUUUAGGGAAAAAUUUGUA